UCAUGCUGAAAAUAUUCGUACCAUGAGGUUCAAACAUGAAUAAAGAUAAAGAUAGAGUAAAAAUAACAAUAAGCUAACGUUUAUUAAUGUAAAAAUUGUAACAUGAAUCUUAGAUUUAAUAACGCAAUUUGCUGGUGGCUUAUAUUUAUGAGAAAUUAACUAGUCCGACUCGAAUUACUAUGAAUUAUCAACACCAGUCACCAAAACAAAAUGAAAAAUGAAAGUAAGGUUAUAAAAUGGAUAGUCAGUUUUAUUAAGUGUAAAACAGCAGAUUUUCACAUUUCUAUGGAUUGAUAAGAGCGAAAUGCCUUAAAAUUCAGAGUAAAGCUUCAUAUGAAUACAAGCUAGGAAGACUGGAGCGAAUAGAUGUUAUCAAACUGACGUUGCGCUGGCUUUCAAGUGUUUGCGGAUUCUGCAGGCUGAGCAACAAAAGAAUGUGAGGAGGAAAAAAAUGGAAACAUAAUUAUUGAUAACCUUUACAGAGAGAAUACUGUAUCAGCGAUGGACAACAGGAAUUAUCUAUAUUCGGCAUACGCUGAUGGCAUUUCUCAUCCGAAUCAGUUUCAACAAAAUGAAAAUAAUUUUGUGAAGCAGGAGUACCAGGGCCCAUGGGAAAAUAAUGUUCCAUACGUACCAGACAGUUAUUAUUCCGGUCAGAAUCAAUUUCAACCCUCUGGAUAUGGAAGUGUGGCAAAUAAUUAUUACGCUUAUCCCACACAAUACUCACAGCCAACACCCGAAUAUCACGAAUACGGCACAAGUAACUUUGUGAACACCGCCGGCUACCCACACAACUACGGAAUGGGAAAUACUCCUUACCCUGGAUCUGUGCCCAUAAAUAUAAUGCCAAAUAGUUUCUCCGUAGACCAGUUUGCUUCUCAUUACUAUCCAAACACUGAGUAUAGCUAUAAUCGUCAAGCACAAGUGUUCAACAACAGUUCUUACAUGAGUGAACCCAGGGAAACAAAUUCAAACUUUGGAAAGUAUAAAACCAGCAAUAAAUCUUCUCUUGCCAAACCAUAUACAAAAUCCAAUAAUCAAGAAAUCUCCUUGCCACCUGAUCCAUUUUAUGGCAAUUGGUCAGCAAUAAUAACUCCUAAGGACUUGGAUAACGGUGACAGUGGUGUUCCAGAGACCAUUCUAAACUUUGAAAGAGAUGACACAUUGAGUGAAGUCGGAAAUGCAUUGUUACAAACGCAGAGAGUGCUGUGUGAAAAUCUUCAAGGCCUUACUUUUGAUGAGCCUGUUGCCCAUGUUUACAGUCCAGCUGUUUAUGCAUUUCAAACUUUUAAAGAGUUUAUAAGGAAAUUUUGCAAAUCGGAGAAAAAAGUUCUCUUUGUGGGGAUAAAUCCGGGGCCAUGGGGAAUGGUUCAAAGUGGUGUACCUUUUGGAGAGAGAACCUUUGUUUGUGAUUGGUUAGAAAUCCAGGGGCAUAUCCUGAAACCAGCAUGGGAACAUCCCAAAAGACCCAUUCUAGGACUAGAUUGCACCAGAUCUGAGGUCAGUGGCAAGAAACUGUGGACGCUAAUCAAGAAUUUAUGUGGACAUCCAGAUAAUUUCUUCCAGCACUGCUUUCUACAUAACAUUUGUCCUCUGUCGUUCUUGUCAAAAACGGGCAGCAAUAUAACACCACCUGACAUCCUCCCUGCAGAGAAGAGGAAUCAGCUGAAUCAGAUUUGUGAUGCUUCUCUCACAGAUGUGAUUCGUCUUCUGAAGGUGGAAGUAGUCGUGGCAAUAGGACGGUACGUUGAAACCCGUGUGAAAAACAUAAUGAAGAACGGAAACUUGCCGGAGUUCAGGGUGGAGUGCCUGGCUCACCCAAGUCCACUCAACAGGAAAGCAGGGAAUCGGUGGGCUGAAAUUGCCGAAGAGCAGCUGAGAGAGUUUGGUGUGUUGUCAUAUAUCAAAAGAGGUAAUGAAGUAUCAGAAAUAAAACCUGAAUUUACAGAAUCUCAGACUUCUGAACAAGACUCAUUCAUACAGAGCUCCAAUGUUGGGCUAUCUCCAUCUCUCAAGACUUGCGCAGCAAUAGAACCCUUGUCUGGUGGUAGACAUUCAUAUUCAGAAACAGCCUUUGUGAAACAGGAGUCAAGUACCAGUUGUAUUGAACAAAGGUCAUUUUCAAGGUCAACCUUUGUAAAGGAAGAGCCAAUUUUUGAUGCACCCUGUACAGAACAGUUUUCAUCUUCAUUUACUUCCAUACUAGGUCAAAACCCAUUGCCAGAAGCUUGCUUUGGGGUACAAGAGCCGUAUACCAAGACACCAUUAGUGGAAUCUGGCCUUCCGUGUGAUGGCGGAUCACUGGGACCAGGUUUAGCUUCAGAAUUUGGCAUUAUCGAUCAAAAUCCCACAUCAGAGACCGCCACUUCCGACCAAGAUUCAUCCUCAACUCACUGCUGAAUAACAUACAUCUUUAGACACCCCUUAAUAGUUAGCCUGUAGAGAGGUCCUCGGUGUUUUGACCAACAUUAUUGAGCUUGUUCUCGGAAACUACGCUUCGUAAGUCAACAGAUUCUGUAGAGAGUACCUUAUACAUGUAUAAUGUUUCGCUGGACGAUGUGAAAAGAAAUUAGAUGUCAAUAAAAUCUCAUGUAGGAAAAUAUUGUCUAUUGUAUGAUAUAUGAUUAAUGAACAAUGAUUAUUUUGUAUGCAUAGAAUGUGGUUUUUAUCUUUGAUUUUGUGUACACCUGACCAGAACCAUUUCAAAGUUCAUGGUCUUUUAUGAAUUGUAAGUUUUUUUAGUUGAUAAGAUUGACAAAUUCACCUCAGGGAAUACUGAUAGUACUGUAAAGGUGAUCAAUAAUUAUUUAUGUAUUAUUGAAUUAAGUAUUUUAUUUUAUUACAGUAUUUCAAACUGAAAUGGCAGAAAAAUGGCCUACAUUUUUAAGACUGGUAUUGAAAAUACUGACAAUCAUGAAGUGUAAAUAUAUAUCCAAAAUAUAUGAAUUUUGCUUUUUCAUGAAUAUGAAUGUACAGUGUUGGUUGUCAAUAUUGCAAAUGGUUGUCUCAAAUUUUUUGUAGGAAAAAAUAGAUGUAGUUUUGAGUGGUAUGUUGUGUGUAUCACUGUAUAUAAUAUGUAUAUCUGUAUAUAAGUGUAUAUACCAUAUUUCUGAUCAAAACAAAUGAUUCUAUAUAAUGUAUGUAGUAGCUAGCUUGACACUGUUAGUGUUAAUUUUGUUAUGUAAUCAAAUGAGUAUUUCUGAGCACAGAAAACUAUAAUUAGUUGUCAGUACAUCUUUAUGCGAAGGGGUGAAUUUUGAUCACUUGAGUUUUCGUACAUGACCUAAUGCAAUCUGUUGUUGUUCGGCGUCUCUUAACAUUAUCAAAUUCCCAAAAGGGAUUAAAUUUGUGGCCAUGCCCCAUUGGGGGUUGAGGAAUGGGGGGAAAACUUUAAAAAUGAUGCAGUCUUUAAAUAUAUAUUCUUUAAUACAUAGACAUCUACAUUGCAGCAGAAAAAACUGUGUGUAUAGUCAUAAUGAGAAAGAUGCCUCUGCCAAAGUUGUAAAAUUCAUGAAACCAAGGUCUGCCAUUAUUGUGCUUAUGGGGGAUUGUAUUACUUAUAUGAUGAAGAUGCUUUAUAAUCCUUUUCCUCGAUUCUUGUACAUCAAUCAACCAAACCGAGUGUAUGAUAAUAACGAGGAGAGACUUCUCAUUUUAUGAAAUUCUUGGCCCCUAGGUCUGACAUGGAUUCUGGUGCUAGGUGGGACUCGGUGGUGUAUACAGUAAAGAUAUAUUAUUUCUUUACAAUCUUGGUCACCAGGUUAAUGAUUUGAGCAGGAAAGUGUCUAAAAUUGUGAAAGCAUUUGGCCCUUGGGCUAUGGUUUCUGGUCCUGGCUUUAAGGAUCAAAUAGUGAAAAUUGAUUAAAGCUUUUAAAAUCUUCUUUUCUUAGUAACAUCUAGCCAACAAAUUAAGUGUAGACUUCUUUGAAAACAGAAUAUACAGUGGUUAAUAGGAAUCAUCAUUCUGUCUACCUGUCCAUCUUCUGUUCUUUUGUACUUGGUGUCUGGACCACAUGUUUGUAAUGGAUAGACUUUAGAAAGAUUGCCUAUAACUGAAAAAAAAAUAUCAUGAUUCUGAAGCAAGUGUCACUGGGCCAUGUCAAGGUCACAAAUUAUUUUUUUUUAAAUAUUUAUUGUUAGGGAAAGAUCAUAUAAUAUUUAUAUUUGAAAGAUAUUAGAGGGUUAUAGUUGACACAGAAGGUCAAGAUCACGCACCAUUGACCAAGGACAUUUAAGCUGAGUCCAAGGUCUGUAGUAAAAAUUUCAAAGAUAUCUGUUCAGGCAACUUCAGUCUAAUUUAGAAACGAUGAACCUCAUUGAUUGAAUAAAAUUUCACCAUGAAAACAGUCACCUGAAGUCACUCAGAAAUUGAUUAAUUGAUUGUAUCUUGUUUAGCAUCUCGAGAGAGAGAAUUUUUCACUCAUAUGGAGAUGUCACCAAGGCCGACGAAGGGCUUCAAAUUUAGGCCUAUGCUCGGCGCUUUUGGCCAUUUAGCAGUGAGGGUUCUUUAGCGUGCCACACCUACUGUGACACGGGUCAUCCGUUUUUAAGGUCAUCUUUGAGGACCCGUGUUUUGAUUGAUGCAAUACUUUUGAUGUAGGUUUUGUUGUGUUAUACUCAGGUUACUGUUAAGGCCCAUGGGCCUUGAAAGUUUUGUUUUAAAAACUAAUAUGAAGAGUACUAUAAAUUAUGCAAGUGCUUAUUUCUUGUCUAUUAGUGUUAUAUGUUGAAAAGUAAAUAAUUCAGUACCAGUAUUGCAUGCAAUGAGUGUUUAAAGAAAACACUUCUAUUUCCCAUUUAUUCUAGUCACUUACAUAUACCGAUUUUUGGUAUAGUCCUAAUAAAAAGAAAAAAAUAUAUCACGAUUAAAAAAAAAAGUUUUUGCAUUUAAAUUAUAUAAAUUUACUUUUUUUACAGUGAAAUUUUUGUUAAUGUUUUUGAGGUAUUUUAAAUUCGUUGGUAAACUUUUUAAUUAAAUUAUUUUGUGACUUGUACUGAAUUUUUAGAAAUUUUUAUGAUUUAUAUUUUGCAGAGUUGUUCUCUGAAUUACUAUAUGCUAUAAGAGUUUAGUAAAAAUGUAUCUCUAUGUCAGUCAAACAGUAUCAAUUUGACCAUGCAAUUGGCUAACAGAGAAACAAAUAAAAUUCAAAUUGGAAGAUAUUUUGAGAUUUGGCUCAUAUACAUGUUAUCAUUAGAAAAAUCUCCCAAAGGAUGUUUUAAAAAAAAAUCAUCAAACUAUAGAGCUCUUAAUACAAAGAAAUUUUCUCAUGAAUGUUAUUUUUAUUACUGUUAUUUUUAUAGCAUUUGUAAUUGUUAGUAUUUAUUUUUUCUUAUCUUGCAUGUUUUAUGUUUAAAAAAAAAGAGUAGACUAAUAAUUCUGCUCCUCUACAAAGUAUCAAAGCUAGGGGGUCAGAAUAACAAGUAGAUCUAUAUUUUAAUUUGAAUUUAGAUUGACAUACCAUAGGUAUCGUAUAUACUUUUAUUUGAAAUCAGUCAAACCUUUAAUUUGUAUAUAUAAAUUAUUCUAGCUUCCAGGAAAAAUAAAUAACGUAUGCAUUUAUAGAACAAUAAAUUUAAUACUUUAUUUGAA